CCGGACCGUGAGGUCGCUCACAUUCCGACGCUGUCGAGCCUUCUUCACACACGACGGGCACGUCGGACUUUGGCGUGAACGACCAGGGACUUUGUGUUGCGCUCGAAAUCGGCUAUUGCCAAGAUCACGAUCCUUCGGAAUUCCGAACUGUGGUUAUGCUGCUUGUGUCAAAUCUCAGAUUCCUUCACUGAAAGUCACAGCCUAAGAAAAGUGCCCCACAUUUCGACACUGCGCUUCGUCAUCGACAACCUGCCCACGGUGUCGACCUAGCGGCGAACUCAUCGGCGACCUAGCGGAAGCGUCGUCUUCUUGGACGAUCCGACGAACGACCAUAUACGAAUCGAUCAACUCGCUAUUCGACGAAAGCUUGACGCUUUUCGCUGAAAGAACAGCUUUUAAUUCCUCGUUUGCUUCGUUUGCCACGUUUCGUGCGGGAUUUCGAUCCCCACCGGCUUCAGUAAACGCCGAUCGAAGACAGCAUAGCCGUGCCCUGGACCUCUGCAACCGGUUGGCGGUGGUUGUGAUGGUUUACGUCCAACAUACGUCCCGGAGCGAAAGACGACUUGGAGGUUGCGCUGACGUUUCGGCCAUCGAAGAUCCCAACUAGCCGCCGGGAGGCCGGUAAGCCGGCUUCACGUCGCAAGCCGGGAGUCGAAGUCAUGGAGGGUGUCGUCGCUGCGAUGUCAAGAAAGUACUCCUGGGCCAUCGGAGCUUUGUGUGUCAUUGCAAUGAUGCUGAUUGGACAGUCAACAGUGGAGGGUGCUAAGGGAGUCACUAUCCUGGACUGCAUCAGACAGGAGAUCCCGGCAACGGUUUCUCCAAAGUUCCAAGAGUGCGUAGACAACGUAACCAUUGGAAGCUUCUACAAAUUCAUGACCGGUUUGCAAUGCAUCCUGAGGCUCGCGAAUGCAAUUCGACCGGAUCGCUUUGUCGACACCGCGCUGCUGUUCUCGGCAGUUGGUGACUUCAAGGGUACCCGGUUCGAGCUUGCAGUCGACAAGUGCGCCUCGCCGCCCAUGCUGGCGAUCAAGUUUACCACCUGCCUUUUCACUCGCUUUCAGGAGGUUUGCAAAACUAGAGUGAAGAAACCAGGAUAGUCAUUCCUGAAGAUCACUGCAGAGUGCACAGCGUUCGUCGUAGCGCACGCGCCUGCGAGGGGGAGAUUGGUGCGUGCAGCAGUCCACGCCACCUUCGUGAACCGCAGAGGCCCGCACGGCAGCUCCACGAGCACGUCGCACAGCACCGGAGACGCCUACACGUAUAACGUGGAGGCACAGCACGCUAUCGUAUGCGUCGCUGCACGACAAACGCGAAACGCAUGCGCGUAAUGAUCACCUGGGCAAUCGUACGACCGUAGAAUGUACCAAUAAGUAGCCUUUAAAAUUUACAGUAAGUUUGUUAUUAGCUUUCACCCACAGGUUCCAGUAUGUUUUCGGGCAGCCAUCUUUUCGAAGCAUUGUCUGAUGCGUAGAACGGUUUUCAUGCGCUACUUUAUGGUUAUUUUGUAAAAAAAAAUCGCGUCGUCUUUUCACUGAUUGGCAACGCUUGUAGGAGGCACAUGUAGAUAUUUCUCCCCUUUUAGGACGUCUCUGUGUCUCGUUAAGGUGCAGAAUAUAUAUGUCACUAAUUUGUGCCGAUGUUGACUGUGAGUGCAGGUGGAAGGGAAGCGUUGCAGAUGCGUUGAGCAGGCCGCACCUUCCAGGUGCGCAGAAUAUUGUUCAUUUCGAAUUGCAACGUAAAAGUUGCAGAAGCUCUUUGUCGUUUGCUAAGGCAAUGAUUGUAUCACCCGCAUUUGUUAUGUUUGCGAUCGCAUAUACAUA